AUGGAGAAGGAAGGAGGGCUGCCUGAAGCGGGGGUUGUUAAUCAGCCACUACCUUCGGAAGAGGAGAUGGAGGAAGCUUUGAGAAGAAGCGCCCUGGCCGUUUCGGAUCCUAAGGAAACUGUUCAAGUAGAAUCCUAUGAGGGACCCAUCAAGGUUUCUUUGGAGGAAGCGGUGGUGGAGAAGCAGCCUGAAAUGGCUGAGGAGAAGAAGAAAAAGAUCAAAGAGAAGAGGGCUGAAGGAGAAGAGGAAGCCCAUCCAAACAAGAAGAAAGAAAGAAGAAUGAGUGAGAAGAGGGAAAGAAGGCGAGAGGAGAAGUGCUUGAAGAAGGAGAAAGAGAGGAGAAAGAGGGCUGAGAGCCCAAAAAUUGACAGAAAAUCUACCUCCACAAGGGUGCAUAAGUGGGAGUCAGCGCAACUGCAAGAAUCAGCGCAACCUGAGGAGGAAAUAACGCAAGUAAAAACAAUUGUGGCUGAUGAUGGUGAAGAUUCAGACACUACCCCCCUUCUACGGCAUCGCAAAGAGAAUGCGCGGCAAGGGUCAACAAUUGAUCCAAAGGAGAGGAGAAGAAGAGAGGAGGAAGAAAAGCAAGAGAAGAUGUUGCGAGCACAACGAAUCAUCGCAGAAGGAAGUUGA